AUGCCCGCUGCUGGAUUGCUCGCCGUACUGGCGGCUUUGGUACCAGCCAUUUUGGGCCAGGCCAACACUACCUACAAGGACUACUCCACCGAGGCCCAGCCCGACCUUGAUGCGCAAACAAUCGGAACAAUUGACCUAAGCUUCCCCGACUGUGACAAAGGUCCCCUCGGCAAUUCAAUCGUCUGUGACAAAUCGGCCAAUGCCCACGAUCGAGCCGUGGCCCUCAUCUCCUUGUUUACAUUCGAGGAACUGGUGAACAGUACGGGCAACAAUAUUCCGGCAAUUCCACGACUCGGUUUACCCGCCUACCAAGUAUGGAGUGAAGCCCUUCAUGGGCUUGACCGGGGUAAUUUCACCGAUUCGGGCGACUUCAGCUGGGCAACUUCCUUCCCUUCGCCGAUCCUUACGAUGGCCGGUCUCAAUCGGACGAUGAUCAAUCACAUCGGAGAUAUCAUUUCUACACAAGGCCGAGCAUUUAAUAAUGUCGGUAGGUAUGGACUGGAUGUCUAUGCACCAAACAUCAAUUCCUUCCGCCAUCCCGUAUGGGGCCGUGGACAGGAGACACCUGGCGAGGAUGCCUACUGCCUAUGCUCUGCCUAUGCCUAUGAGUAUAUCACUGGUAUUCAGGGAGGUGUGGAUCCUGACCAUCUCAAGCUGGUCGCUACGGCAAAACACUACGCUGGCUAUGACAUUGAGAACUGGGAUGGUCAUUCCCGAUUGGGAAAUGACAUGAAUAUCACCCAACAAGACCUGGCGGAGUACUUCACUCCCCAAUUCCUAUCUGCUGUACGAGAUGCCAAGGUUCACAGUGUUAUGUCGUCCUACAACGCCGUCAAUGGCGUACCCAGCUCUGCGAAUUCAUUCUUCCUUCAGACCCUUCUUCGCGAUACUUGGGGAUUUGUGGAGGACGGCUACGUUUCCUCGGACUGUGAUUCUGUCUACAAUGUCUUCAACCCUCACGAAUAUGCCGCGAAUGUCUCUGGUGCGGCUGCUGACUCGAUGAGAGCCGGAACUGAUAUCGACUGCGGAACUUCCUAUCAAUACUAUCUCAACGAAUCCCUUAUCGAUGGAGGAAUCUCCCGCAGUGAGAUCGAACGUGGUGUCAUCAGACUCUACUCGAACUUGGUUCGCCUAGGCUAUUUUGAUGGCGGCGAUAGUCCAUUCCGCGACCUUGAAUGGUCCGAUGUCGUGUCGACCGACGCCCGCAACAUAUCUUACGAGGCAGCCGUCGAAGGAAUUGUUCUUCUUAAAAACGAUGGUACCUUGCCUCUUGCGAAGAACACCAGCAGCGUUGCACUGGUUGGACCAUGGGCAAAUGCCACUGAGCAGAUGCAAGGAAACUAUUACUCAACUGCGCCUUAUUUGACUAGUCCUCUGAGCGCGCUAAAGGCCUCGGACCUAGAUGUCAACUAUGCAUUCGGCACAAAUAUCUCCUCAGAGACCACCGAAGGAUUUCAAGCUGCAAUUUCUGCAGCCAAAAAGUCUGAUUUGAUUAUCUUUGCUGGUGGAAUUGAUAAUACUAUCGAGGCAGAGGGAAUGGACAGAGCAAAUAUUACCUGGCCCGGCAACCAACUCCAACUAGUGAAGGAGCUGAGCAAGCUUGGCAAGCCUCUAGUCGUUCUGCAAAUGGGUGGUGGACAAGUCGAUUCCUCUUCCCUCAAGUCAAACAAGAAUGUCAAUGCUCUAAUCUGGGGUGGCUACCCCGGCCAGUCUGGCGGACAAGCUCUCGUGGAUAUCAUCACUGGAAGGCGUGCUCCUGCUGGCCGUCUGACAACCACUCAAUACCCUGCCAAAUAUGCGACAGAGUUCCCUGCUACGGACAUGGCUCUGCGCCCAGGCGGCAAGAACCCUGGUCAGACCUACAUGUGGUAUACAGGCACUCCGGUCUAUGAUUUCGGCCAUGGACUUUUCUACUCAACUUUCAAGGCCUCUUUGCCCAAGUCCAAGAAAUCUAGUAAUGGGCGCUCUUUUGACAUUCUGGAUCUACUUUCUAGGACUCACCAAAGCUACAACACUGUCGAGCAGGUUCCUUUCUUCAACUAUACUGUUGGCAUUACCAACACUGGAGGUGUCCUCUCAGACUAUACAGCCAUGCUUUUCACAAACACAACUGCGGGUCCCAAGCCCUAUCCAAACAAGUGGCUCGUCGGCUUUGAUCGUCUGGGGGGGACUGAAGCCGCAUGCUUCCCAGCAGAUGACUAUUCCGGUUUCACUUGA